CGGCUUUCUGGCUGGCCCGGCUGGAGACUGUCAGUGCAGCUUCGCCCCGCCAGCACGCCCUGCCCUGCCCGCCAGUGUCCACGCCGUGUCCACGCCGACGGCCGAUUCGCGUGCGGCUCGCCGCCCAGAGACUGACUCUAAGAAGCGCCGAGUGUCGCAUUCGCCCCCGCCCUCCGGUUUCGCCCAAGUCGUCCAAGAUUCUGUCCAAGAUGUACGUGUCGCGGUCCCGCGACCUCAAGGUCCGGGCCAACAAGCGGGCCGUGGCGCAGGUGAAGACCGCCCUGCAGCCAGACCUGUACAACGCGCUGUUCGAGGUGCUGGAGCAGGACCGGCACGCGCUGCGCCGCAAGCUGGCGGCCACGGCCUCGGAGGCGGACUCGCGGCUGGUGGAGCUGCAGGCCGAUGUCCGGGAGCUGCAGAAGGCGGUGGAGGAGCGCGAGGCGGCCCUGCGGUCCACGGAGCGCGAGAAGGCCGUGCUGGUCGCCGAGCUGACGGAGCAGAACACGCGCCUGGCCGCGCAGCUCAAGGAGUCCAACAAGACCGAGGAGCAGCUGACGGCCCAGCUGCAGGGCCUCCGCGACCAGUGCAACCUCCGCAAGUCGUCGCUGCAGGACCACGUCUCCAGCCUGGAGGCGCUGCGCGACGAGAUCAACAUGCUGACGGACAAGAAGGCGGAGCUGGAGAGGCGGCUGGCGGCGCUGCUGGCCGAGCGGGACCAGCUGAACGCGCUGCUGGACGACGCCAACGAGAGGAUCAUGCUGCUGGAGAGGACCACCCGGGAGCAGGAGAUGCAGCUGCGGCAGAACCGCCGCGAGUUGGACGAGAUCCGCCUGGUGAACAGCUCGCUGACCAGCCCGUCGUCGUCGCCCCUGUCGCUGCCGCACGGCCUCGGCCACGGCCACCGCUCCCUCCUCGACGAGAUGGAGUGCGAGGACUCCAGCGAGUCGGGCUUCGUCUCCACCUCCGAGCUGCAGAGCUUGAAGGAGGAGGCCGUGGCUUCGUACCGCCAGCUGCGCGACCUGGCCAAGAGGCUGCGGAACAAGGACAAGGACGACUCGUCCAUGCAGGGCGACUCCCAGUCGGAGCCCGACUCCCUGCCCUCUGUGGACGAGAACAACUGCAGCAAGUUCAAGACCGGGCAGCUGGGCGAGGCGGUCCGCGACGUGACGCGGCUCGUCGGCGACCUGGUGGACCGCGAGGGCCUGGAGGGCGAGGCGGUGGAGGUGGAGCUGCACCGCGCCAGGGAAGACCUGGACCGGACGCGCCGCCAGCUGGAGGAGAGGACCGACGAGCUCAAGAGGCGCUCCGACCAGGUCAUGGACCUGACCAGCAAGCUCUCCAUUCGGGAAGCGGAGUUGGCUGGGGCGCAGGAAGAAAGAGACCGCGCCAGGGCGGACAUGGAUGAGACGCAUCUUGCCAAAGAUGAGGUGGGUGUGAUUGUCCGCAAAGCGUGGGAAGUUCGAGAUGGAGCUGUUGCCCGUAAGAACAAGGUUGAAGUACAAUUAGCCAAGACUCGAAUUGAUGUUCUUCAAGCCAACUCUCAGCUGAUGGAGGCAAUUCAGCAGAAGGUUGAACUGAGUCAGCAACUAGAACAGUGGCAGAUGGACAUGCAGGCUCUGUUAGAUGAACAGAUGCGUCGUAAGUUGACGACUCAGGAACAGCGCUCCCGUCAAGUUGCUGUUGAAGCCUCACCUGAAGCUGCAGCUGCUGCCAGCGACAAGAAGAGGACCACCUCCAGUCUACGCCUUUUCAGCUUGUUCCAACGGUGAUCAGAAAACCAGUUGUACAUAUGUAAUAAGAUUAUUAAUGAGUGCAAUGCGCCGCCAUGUUAUCUAGAUUUUAAUUUUGUUGAGACUUAGCAAGCAGACCCCUCUGCUUUACUUGUUUUAUCUGUAUUUUCUAUAAUUAACUUUCAAGGGGCUUCGCAAAUGUUAUAUCGACUUCUUGCAAUUACUUUGUUCUUUAUGCCAAUCUCAAUAUUCAAUGGUAUUUUACUGUUCAGAAAUGAUUCAUUAAUUUGACUUUCAAAAGACAUUUAGCCCCGCAAUUUGAGCAGUGAAAUUUGUUACUUAAGAAAAAAACAAGUUGUGAUACUUUUGACUGAGGAAUUCUUCUCAUACUGUAUUAUGGUUGUGUUUCAAGGAGUACCAGAUGUACUUAAAUGUGUUAACACUUCUUAGGUUUUUACUUUUCACACUAGUCUUCUCUAUAUGAAAAGUGUAUUUAAAAUUAGGAAGUAAGAAUGUAGUGCAAUUAAUGGUUGCAUUGUUAUAAAUGUUCCGUGACUUUCCAACACAAAGCAAUUUGUGUUGAGGGCCUCAAAUGAAUUUUUUUUUUAUUAUAAGAAACAAGUCACUUAUACUUCUUCGCACUUCCCCUCCUUGAUUUUUCUUUUUCUUCUACUUGACAAACCUGAAUCUUAUCAGGGACUUCAGAGAAUCUGUCAAUGCAUUCUUCCCAGUUGUAGAACCAUUAUUUGACGCAUGUAAUGUAAUCCUCUAGAUCUGUAUGAUUUAAAUAUUACCUGGGAACACACCUUCUAAAAAUGACCAAAUCAUGUUUUCUGAAGUUAACUAUUGCCUUUUAUUAACUCUCCUCAUUUGAGGCUCACUUUUAAAGACAUAAGGAAUGUGAUUAAGUUAUUUGAAUAAAACUUAAACUAGUGUAUUUUUAUUGGCCUUUGUUUUAGUUUGGAGCAUCACAAUCACUAACAUUGGGACCCAACUCUUCUAAUUUCUUACUUGAAGAAACAAUUUUAGUGAAGUUUUUGUUAUGGACUAUGAGUUACUUUUCUUUGUUAGUGAUAUACCAUGUUGUUCUUUUCAAGAACAUUUAUUUGAAUUGAUGGGUAAACCCUUAAUGUGCCUUAUUGUAAUUUCUAUUGUCCUUAAGGGAUGUGGAAAUAAUUUCUUUACUUCAAAGCCUUGGAUUUGGAGCAAUAUUUGCAACGUUCUGACUACGUGGGUAGCACUGUGUUGGAAAUAUCACCUCCAAAUCUGAAGCAUGAAACGCACAUGUGCUCCAGACAUAAAUUAACUGGUAGGGUGAUGCUUGUGAUAUGGCUGAAACUUGAUUUGUUCUGAAGGACAGCCACCUUCUUGUCUCACAGAAUAAUUAAUAGACUGGAUACCUAUGGUGUCCUGAUCUUUAUAGUGCUAGACUCGUCUGUGAUAAACUGGCAUGUAUGUAUUGUCAAAUGUACAGAAACCAAAAGUAACAUUAAGUGCUACAGGCUCUACAUGCCACGAACUGACAUCCUAUUCAGGGCUAUGCUCCAGCUGGUGGUCUUGGUGGCCUCCACUACCAUGGCACUGUUGUGCUCAAAAGUGUCAUUCUUGUUCCUGCAAUUAUUUUUGUAACUCCCAUUCUGGUUGAGCAAGAACAAAAUUGUGUAGAAUCGCAAUGCAUUAAAAUGAUCGUCUUUUCUGUUCAAACUAAAACUGUGCUUACAAUGAAA